GUGAUUAGAUCUGAAAACUGUGACAACGAGGUCGCCUCGUCACCCCCUCCCUGCCUCUCUCGUCAAAGUCUAAACCUUCCCCAACUGCCACUAGCGGAGAUCCCAAUGCUGUGAUUUCUACUCUUCACUCCACUUUCAAAUCAUUUUCUUAUUUCUCCAACAACACCACCUUUUAUGUAACCACACCAUCUAUCAUUGGCGGUUCUUAAAACCUUAGUAAUCCGAUCACAAUGGUCUGGUUCCCCCUGUUCUCUUACUGACCCUCUCACUCCCUGCAAUCAUGGAGAUUCCACUCGCAUUUUAUCAAAGCUUAAGGUUAGAAGAUAACAAGACUCGUAGUCGAGAUUCCUCUUAUUCCAAUCGCAAUGUUUUCAAAUUCCCGCGGUUUUCUGGAUACGAUUUCUCGCUCCGCCGAAGAAGAUGGAGGAACCCAUUUGCGAAAAUCACUUGUUCUUCUCUAGUUCAAGGGCUGAAACCAAAGCCGACGCUUAAACCGGAACCAAUUAGAGAAAUCGAUGAUACCGGAUCGAAAGAUCCGGUUUUGGGUGGUGAUACCCAGAUCAGUAAACCUGCCGUCGCGAUUUGUAGUCAGAUCGAGAAGCUCGUCUUGUGUAAUAGGUUAAGGGAAGCGUUUGAAUUGUUUGAGGUUUUGGAGAUUCGAGGUAGUGUUCGCGUUGGGGUUAGCACGUACGAUGCGUUGGUGGAAGCUUGUAUUCGUUUGAAAUCGAUUCGGUGUGUAAAAAGGGUUCACGGGUACAUGCUGAGUAAUGGGUUUGAGCCGGAGCAAUUUAUGAUGAACAGAAUCUUGAUGAUGCAUGUGAAAUGUGGGAUGAUUAUCGACGCACGUAGGUUGUUCGACGAAAUGCCGGAGAGAAACUUGUUUUCAUACAACUCCAUUAUCUCUGGGUUUGUUAACUUCGGUAACUAUUUAGAAGCUUUUCAGCUGUUUAAGAUGAUGUGGGAAGAGCUUUCCGAUAGUGAAACUCAUACGUUUGCGGUGAUGUUACGUGCCUCGGCUGGGUUAGGUUCUAUUGAGGUAGGGAGACAGUUACACGUCUGUGCGUUGAAGCUAGGAGUCGUGGAUAACACGUUUGUCUCGUGUGGGCUGAUCGAUAUGUAUAGCAAGUGUGGGGACGUUGAAGAUGCUCGAUGUGUUUUUGAUGAUAUGCCUGAGAAGACUACAGUUGCUUGGAAUAACAUUAUAGCGGGUUAUGCGCUCCAUGGUUACAGCGAGGAAGCACUGUGUUUGUUGUAUGAUAUGCGAGACUCUGGUACGUCUCUUGAUCAGUUCACCCUUUCGAUAUUGAUAAGAAUCUCCACAAGGGUUGCCAAGGUUGAGCUUACAAAGCAAGCACACGCUAGAUUGAUUCGUAGUGGUUUUGAGUCGGAGAUCGUCGCGAACACGGCUCUUGUAGAUUUUUAUAGCAAAUGGGGUAGAGUAGAUACUGCUAGAUAUGUGUUUGAUAAGUUGCCGAGGAAAAACAUAAUCUCAUGGAACGCUUUGAUGGGUGGAUAUGCGAAUCAUGGUCGAGGAGCAGAUGCGGUCAACUUGUUUGAGAAGAUGCUUGCUGCGAAAGUUGCUCCAAAUCAUAUCACCUUCCUUGCGGUUCUAUCAGCUUGUGCUUACUCAGGUUUAUCUGAACGAGGUUGGGAGAUUUUUCUGUCGAUGAGUGAGGUUCACGGGAUCAAACCAAGGGCGAUGCACUAUGCCUGUAUGAUUGAGAUUUUGGGUAGAGACGGUUUAUUAGAUGAAGCCAUUGCUUUCAUCAGAAGAGCUCCUUUGAAACCGACGGUUAAUAUGUGGGCAGCGCUCUUGAAUGCAUGUAGGAUGCAUGGAAACUUAGAGCUCGGAAGAGUGGUUGCUGAGAAACUCUAUGGAAUGGAACCUGAGAAGCUCGGUAACUACGUUGUGAUGUAUAAUGUGUACAACAGUAUGGGGAAAACUGCAGAAGCUGCAGGAGUUUUGGAUACGUUGGAGAGCAAAGGUUUGAGAAUGAUGCCGGCUUGUACUUGGGUCGAGGUUGGAGAUCAGACUCACAGUUUUCUUUCAGGAGACAAGUGUGAUUCAUACAAUGAGGCGGUGAAAAGGCAAAUAUACCACAAAGUUGAUGAAUUAAUGAAAGAAAUUUCCGAGUAUGGGUACUUGGUGGCGGAGGAGAAGAACCUUUUAUCGGACGUGGAUGUAAAUGAAGAACUAGUAGUGAGAUAUCACAGCGAGAAGCUUGCGAUAGCUUAUGGAUUGGUGAAUACGCCGGAAUGGAAUCCAUUGCAGAUAACUCAGAACCAUAGGAUAUGCAAAGAGUGUCACAAGGUGGUUGAGUUUAUAUCUUUGAUUACAGGAAGAGAGAUUGUAGUGAGAGACGCGAGCAGGUUCCAUCAUUUCAAAGAAGGGAAGUGUUCUUGUGGAGGAUAUUGGUGAAGCGGAAUGGUGUCGAGGAAGUAGAAGCAGAGCUCAAAGUGUCGAUGUUUCCUUUUCUUUUUGUUUCUUUGCGCUAAAGAUAGAAAUAGUGUGAUCAUGUAACGGUUUCUAUUCUUGUUUCUGAUUCUUUAUCAAUAAAGGGAAGAGCUUUGUUAU